CCCGCAUCAAGAUCCUGUCAAAAACUCUCCAUUCACAUUUCAAUCAAUACAACCGUCCAUCAAUCAUGAACGCCGCUGUCUUUGCUCGUACCGGAAUUCGUGCUCGCGCCACUGUUGGAGCCACCCCCCUGCGUAGCGGCGCUUACCACUGGACCAAUGAUAACGGCAAGAACAUCCCCUUCUCAACCAAGAACAAGCCCGCUCUUGCUGUCAAAGUUGUUGCCUACCUCGGCACUGGUUUCGCCCUUCCCUUCGUUUCCGCCUACUGGCAACACUACAAGGCCGGUCGUGUUUAAAAAUUAGAAAAAGAAAAAAAAAAAAUUAGAAAAAACAAUUCUCCUCUCAAAAUUUAUCCACACCCUCCUCUUCUUUUCCCUACAAUUUGAUAACGUACACAUCUCAAGAAACAAUUUCAGUAGAACGUUUG